CAACAAACAAACCUUUAAUAAAGUGAAAUUCUCUAUCAAUUUCCCUCUCAAAUUCCGUGUCUUCCUUCCUUUCCUAAAAUAAAAGAUUUUUUUUUUCUUUCCUAAAACAAAAAUAUUAGCUCUUCCUUAUAAGUCAAGCAAGAAUCCCUCUCUCUACUUUUUUUUUUUCCUCUCUCAUUUACCAGGAAGAAGUUUUUUUUUUUUUUUUUUCAAAAAAGAAAACGAGUGAACCCCACCGGCUACUUCUCCAUACCCAAAGCUUGAGUCUUUUUUUUUUGUGUGUGUUUGAAGACUCAAAAGCAAUGGCUCAUAAUAUGGUGAAGAAGGAGAGAGUAGGUGGGAACUCGAGAAAAUACCAAAGAGAGCAAUCUCAAACUGAAACCGUCAUGCCCGUUUACACACAACCACAAGACUUGGUUUCCCCGUUUGGCCAACUGGGUAUCGACAUUUCUGACUCCGACCUCCGGGAAACGGCCUACGAGAUCCUAGUCGGAGCAUGCCGGAGUACAGGCGGAAAGCCGUUGACUUACAUCUCACAGUCCGAGAAGACCGACCGGGCUCCUGCGGCGACCCUCAUGGCGUCGCCGUCGCUGCAGAGAUCGCUAACUUCGACGGCGGCUAGUAGGGUGAAAAAGGCGCUUGGGUUGAAAUCGUCUGCGAGUUUGAAGAGGAGAGGGGAGGAGAGUGAGGGGAAGUCGAAACGUUCUGUCACUGUGGGUGAGAUGAUGAGGGUUCAGAUGAGAGUUUCGGAGCAGACUGAUUCGAGGAUUAGGAGAGCUCUGUUGAGGGUCGCUGCUGGUCAGCUCGGAAGAAGAAUGGAGACUAUGGUUUUGCCAUUGGAGUUUCUACAACAGUUCAAGGCCUCAGAUUUUCCCAAUCAACAACAAGAAUUUGAAGCUUGGCAGAGGAGAAAUUUGAAGAUUUUAGAGGCAGGACUACUUUUGCACCCUUGUGUGCCACUUGAUAAGACAGAUAGCGCCCCGAAACGACUCCGAAUGAUCAUUCAAUCAUCGUUAGAGAAACCUAUAGAAACUGGUAAGAACAGUGAAUCGAUGCAAGCACUUCGCAGUGUUGUUAUGUCUCUUGCUUGCAGAUCAUUCGAUGGUUCGGUUUCUGAUACUUGCCAUUGGGCUGAUGGGUAUCCUUUGAAUCUUAAGCUUUACCAAAUGCUUUUAGAAUCAUGUUUUGAUGUGAAUGAAGAAACGUCUGUGAUUGAAGAGGUUGAUGAGGUGUUAGAACUCAUGAAGAAGACUUGGCCUAUCCUUGGAAUAAACCAAAUGCUGCAUAAUCUUUGUUUCUUAUGGAUUUUGUUUCAUCGUUUUGUUACAACUGGUGAAGUAGAGAGUGAUUUGCUGUUGGCUUCCAAUAAUCUUCUGGUGGAAGUUGAAAAAGAUGCCAGGACAACUGUUGAUUCGGUUUAUUCUAAGAUAUUAAGCUCUACCUUAAGUUCGAUAAUGGGUUGGGCUGAGAAAAGGCUCCUAUCUUACAGAGAUAUAUUCGACAGUGACAAUAUUGAAUCAAUGCAGAAUGUUGUUUCUCUUGGGGUGUUAUCAGCAAAGAUAUUGGUGGAAGAUAUUUCUCAUAACUAUCACAAGAAGAGAAAAGAUACCGAUGUGGCUCGAGACAGGGUUGACUCUUACAUUAGAUCCUCAUUGCGGAAAGCUUUUGUUCAGAAACUUGAAAAAUUGAAGUCGAGCCAGCGUUCAUCUAAGAGCAAAAAAAAUAAUAUCCCUCUACUAGCCAUCCUUGCACAAGACAUUAGUGAACUGGCUUUUAGUGAGAAAGCUGUAUAUAGUCCAGUUUUGAAGGGAUGGCACCCCCUUGCAGCAGGUGUUUCUGUAGCUACCCUUCAUUCUUGCUAUGGGAAUGAGCUGAAGCAAUUCGUGGCCAGUGUUAGUGAGUUGACGCCUGACGCUUUACAAGUGCUGAAAGCUGCCGAUAAAUUGGAGAAGGAUCUUGUGCAGAUUGCUGUUGAAGAUGCUGUAAAUAGCGAUGAUGGUGGGAAGUCCGUCAUUAGGGAGAUGCCUCCUUAUGAGGCCGAAGCUGUAAUUGUCACUCUGGUGAAGGAUUGGAUAAAGACAAGAGUGGACAGACUUAAGGAAUGGAUUGACAGGAAUCUACAACUAGAGGUAUGGGAUCCGCAAGCAAAUAAAGAACAUUUUGCUCCCUCUGCUAUUGAAGUACUACGCAUUAUAGACGAUACUUUAGAAGCAUUCUUUCUGUUGCCAAUACCUAUGCACUCGGUCUUGGUUCCUGAUUUGAUGAAGGCUCUUGACAGAUGUCUCCAACACUAUGUAUCAAAGAUCAAGUCUGGCUGUGGGUCUCGAAGUUCAUUUGUUCCUACUCUGCCUCCUAUGACUAGAUGUUCGACCGGAUCAAAGUUUGGCGUAUUCAAGAAGAAGGACAAGUCACAUUUAACACAGAGGAAAUCCCAGGUUGGCAACACAAAUGGGGAUUCCUUGUUUGGGGUACCCCAACUUUGUGUUCGCAUAAGUACUUUGCAGCUCAUUCGAUUGGAGUUGGGAGUAUUUAAAAAGAGGAUAGUUGCUCAUCUGGGGAACCCAGAAUCUGAUAUUGCAGAUCGUUUGGGCAAAAUGUUUGAACUUUCAGAAUCUGCUUGCAUUGAAGGAAUCCUACAACUCUGCGAAGCAACAGCAUACAAGGUCGUCUUCCAUGAGCUAACUCAUGUUCUCUGGGAUGGUUUGUACAUGGGUGAAGUUUCUACAUCUAGGAUUGAGCCUUUUCUUCAGGAACUCGAGCAAUAUUUGGAGGUUAUUUCUACAACAGUGCAUGACAGGGUCAGAACACGCGUUAUCACAGAUGUAAUGAAAGCUUCUUUUGAUUGUUUCCUAUUAGUUUUACUAGCUGGUGGUCCUUCUCGGGCUUUCACUCUUCAAGAUUCCGUCAUAAUAGAGGAGGACUUUAAGUUUCUCACAGAUCUGUUCUGGUCCAAUGGAGAUGGAUUGCCAUCUGAAAUAAUAGAUAAAUUUUCUAAGGUAGUGAAAAAUGUUCUUCCCCUAUAUCACACAGAUACCGAAAGCCUAAUAGAACAGUUCAAACAUGUGACUCUGGAGAACUUGGGGUCUUCUGCUAAAUCCAGGCUUCCUUUGCCUCCAACUUCAGGUCAGUGGAGUCCGAAUGAACCAAACACACUUCUCCGAGUUUUGUGUUAUCGGGACGAUGAGGCUGCUGCAAAGUUUCUCAAGAAAACAUACAACUUGCCUAAGAAACUUUAAGUUGAAUUGAGGAAAGACAGGGAAAAGAUACAAUUCAUAGGUGUGGAUUGGGUGUCGUGAGUCCAUGGCGAUCUCGUUUUAAUUAUACACAGCUCUAACUAUAGUUUUCUCAGACUGCUGCCCGAGUCAAGACUAAACAAACAUGUCUGAUGUAUUGAUAAUUAUUGGCUGCAUUCUUUUGUUCAGAAAUCUUCCAAGUUUUCAAGUUGGAAAGGAUCGUGAAGACAUACAUGAGCUGGGUCUUUCAUGCUCAAGGAAGAAUUAUUCUUCCAUAACAUGAGAAUCAUUCUUCCCAGCCAACCACCCAAUGGAAUGUGUGGAAAACUUCAGCUUUCAACUUUCAAGUAAAUUAACCUCAUAUUAUACAGGGCAAUGCAUACACUGACGAACCGAGUCACACAGAGAAAGAAAUACAUGUACAUAUAUUUAUAAUAUAUAAUUAUUCUAUUUAUUUAUUUAUUAUUAUUAUUUAUCUUUUUGGAGUGUAUUAUUUGCAAAGUCUUGCAAUUUUUGGUUUUUUGAGUUAUUCUGUUAGGCAGUCUUGUACGAGUGAGCAUAAAAAUAUUGGAUUGUGUAACUAAUCAUUGUAUUAUAUGUUUGUCAUUAAGUUUUUUUAGCCCUCA